AUGGAGGGCGGCCAAGAAGAACAGAUGGCCGGCCCUGAAGAAGCGAGCGCAGAUCGCCCCGAAACACCCCCGCCACCACCCCCGUACAGCGGCAGCGAGACUCCUCCGCCACUGCCUAAUAAUCCAGCGGAAUUCUAUCGAAUGAUUGGCGUUGGCGGCACGCACGGAGACUGGACUGGCACAACGCGGCCAAGACUGUUUCCUGAGUCGCUUUACUUCUUUGUUCACGAUGGCGCUCUGCACAGUUACCUUGCCUUCAGCUUCUGUGUGCGCAUCUGGCUACUCCUCGGCGCCUACUUGUGCAUCAGCACCCCCUUCUUGGUGCCGCUCGCCCCUGUUGUAGUGUGCUGUCGCGCCGUCUACUUGGUCUACCAUGGUAGUAGACUGGCCGAGCUAGGCUAUCUGCCGUGGUAUGCGCAAUUCCUGCCAUUGGCCUUUCUUUACAUGUGUCUUUCCGAACUGGUACUGUAUUUGAAUUGGCAGCAACGUCGACAAGUCGGCACGCAGAACUUUGGCCCGAGAUAUCGCUUCCCGGUCUUGUAUCUAUUCCUGCGCACCACAGAACAUCACUUGAUACGGCUACUGCCAGCGAGCCUGAUCAGAAGCCUUUAUAGCCAAAUAGAAAUCCCCAAAGAAUAA